AUGAGCGCAAAUAAUGAAACAAUUGUAAAACAGGCUAUUGGUCGACAUGAGUUUAUUGGAAGUUUAUAUGAUAUUCGUAGUGAUCGUUUCGAAGGUAGAAAUUUAUUCAAUCAAGAAUUGCCACCAUCAUAUAUUUCAACAGCGGAUUGUGCCUAUACAACUUAUAUUGUUGAUGAAAAUGAAUCUCAAAAAGAUACAUUCAACAAACUUAAUAUCGAUGCAUCAAUGAAAGUUAGUCUUAUGGCUGGUCUACUUAAUGUAGAAGGUUCAGCGAAAUAUUUAAAUCAAACAAAAACUGAUAGUCGAACAGUCCGAGUAACACACAUUCUUCAUAUGAAAACGAAAAAACAACAUUUACAUAUUAGUAUGACUGAUUUAUGCAAUUAUUUUUCAUCAGAUGCAUUAGAUAAUCCAAACGCAACACAUUGUGUUAUUGGAAUUACUUGGGGUGCAAAUGUUGCAGCAACAUUUGAAGAAAAUUUUGCUACUUCACAAGCAGCUCAAGAAAUUCAAGGUAACCUAUCAGCAUACUUGAAGAAACCAACAAUAGACAUUAGUGGCGAUGCAGAGUUGAACUAUGAUGAUAAAACAAAUUCAAAAUUUCGUUCAUUGAACAUUAGUUUUUCUGGCGAUAUUAAAAUUAAAGAUGUUCCACAUACAAUCGAAGAUGUUUUUAAUAUAUUCAGAACAGUUCCAUCUGAAGUGGAAAAAUUAAAUGAUGGAAAAGGUCAACAACUUGAAUUUGAAUUAUAUCCAUUGAAAAGAAUGGCUGAAAUUUUCAAAUAUAAAUUAUCUAUUGAACGUAUUAUUAAAGAUGUUUCCAUGCAUAUUUUGUAUCGUCUUGAAGAUGUUUUUGAACAAAUAAUUAAAGGUAAAAGAAUGAUUAAUGAUUUUCUUGAUAAUGUUAAACCAUGGAAAGAUUGGAUACCAUCAAAUUGGAUUGAAAUUAUUAGUAUUAAACAAGCCGAUUUGAAAAUAAUACAAUUGGAUACACAACGUCAAUUAGCAACAUUACUUGAACAGAUCCGACGAGGUGAAGUUGAUGAAAAGAAAAUGAUCGAAUUAUUAGAUAAUUUCGAUCAAAAUAAUCGAUGUUCUGUCAGGUCCAUACAACAAUUUUUGGAAGAAAACUCGCAAAACAAUAUAAAAAUUGAUUCAUUAAAUGAAAUUCGUCAAUGUUUAGAAGAUGGAAAAGAAGAAAACAAACAAUCGAAAGGACAAGAUUUAAAUCUUCUAUUCCCAAAAACAACAUCGAUUCACAGUUUUAUUAAUCAGCAUUAUAAUAAUGAUGUUUAUUUAUUACAUAUUUCAAAUAAAUGGAAAGAAAAUGAUGUACGAAACUGGUAUCAACAAAUACGAUUUUUUAGCAAUUUGUAUAAAUCCAAAGCUGAAAAUGAAAAGAAAAAGUCGAUUUUUCGCAUCAUUGACCAUGAUUUUCUUGUCAAUAUGGAUGAUAAACCUGAUAGAUGUGUGAUUUAUCAUGCGUAUCAUGGAGUUAUUAAAACAAAGGAUUAUUAUCAUAGUUCACUGGUAAACUUAUCUCAAGACCAAAUUCGAGUAAUUGGAACCGAAAACAAACUUACCAGCAUGACACCCUCAGAUAUUGAAAAAUGGCAUAAAAAAUUUAUUGAUGCACAUCCUACUGGUGAAAUGAAUGAAGAUGAAUUUAUUGCUGAAUUUCAAGAACUUUUUCCACGUGGCAAUCCACGGUACUACUGCAAUUAUGCAUUUAGAAUAUUCGAUAAAAAUAACAGUGGUACUAUCACUUUUGACGAAUAUAUGUCAGCCAUUUCGUUAACAAUGCCAGGAGAUAUUGAACACCAACUUGCACUCACUUUUCAAAUGUGUGCUCAUCACGAUCAAAAACAAGUCAGUAGCGAAGAAUUAUUCCAUCUUUUGCAAGCUGUAGCAGAGUUGAAAGGUGAGGACUCUAGUUCUGCAUCGUUAAUUGCUAAAACAAUUAUGAAAUUUGAUAAAAGAGGAAAAGAUGAAAUGAUAACAAAAGAAGAAUUCAUUUCUGGUCUUAAAGGAAAUUAUGAUUCAUGUGUAGCUUUCUUACCAAUCGAAGUCAAAAAAUCGACAAAGCCUAAGGAAAGCGCAAAACCUUUGGUGUCUCUUGGUAAUGAAGAUCUUAAAUUAAUUCAUAAUUUUCUUACUGAUUAUUAUAAUUCAAUUUCAUUGUUAUUAACACACACACAAAAUAUCGAGAAUAUAUUAAAACCAAAAACAGAAGCAUUUUUUACACGACUUGGUUGUCCUACACAUGCUGAUAGUCAACGUCGAGCUAAUAAUUUAACAUCAAAAUACCUGAACAUUGUAACAAUCUGGAGAACACAUUAUGAAAAUGUUUUUCUCGGAUUACAACCAUUGUUAAAAGAUGCAGUUUUAAAUAUUCGUAAUACUUAUAACAUUGACAAUAAUUAA